GGCCCCAGAAGGGCGGCUGAGUGGGGCCUCCUCCCCCUUCCCGGGGCCUCUUCUGCAGCUCUCGAGGGCUGCGGAUCUGAGCUGGGCCUGCCGGGAAAGAGGCGGGUCGGACGCCCGAGGCGCGGGGCGGGUGGGGAGGGUGGUCCUACGUGGGGGGCGGGGUCGCGUCUGCAGUAGCAACAGGGUGCGGCUGGGCUGGGGGCGCGGGCCCAGCUCCCAGGGAGACCCUGCGCGGGCGGCACCUGCUAGACUCCCAGGUCCCCUGCGCAGCCCCGCCCUCCCUGGGACCCCGGCGCGGCCGCCGCCCGAGUCCGGGAAGGAAAAGCCUUAGCGGAUCCCGGGCUGCGGAAGAGCCUGGGGCCUCGGCGUCUGCAAGCUGGGCGGGACUGACUGGAAAGGGAAAGAGUUCUCUCCUGUGGACUGCGCGGUGCCCCUUCGCAUCCGCAAAGGCUUUCUCUCCCCCUUCUCCAGCUCCAGCCUGAGCCAUGUUUUUCACCUGUGGCCCAAAUGAGGCCAUGGUGGUCUCCGGUUUCUGCCGGAGCCCCCCAGUCAUGGUAGCUGGAGGCCGUGUCUUUGUUCUGCCCUGCAUUCAGCAAAUCCAGAGGAUCUCACUCAACACACUGACCCUCAAUGUCAAGAGUGAAAAGGUUUACACUCGCCAUGGGGUCCCCAUCUCAGUCACUGGCAUUGCCCAGGUGAAGAUCCAGGGCCAGAACAAGGAGAUGCUGGCUGCCGCCUGCCAGAUGUUCCUGGGGAAGACGGAGGCAGAGAUCGCCCACAUUGCGCUGGAGACACUGGAGGGCCACCAGAGGGCUAUCAUGGCCCACAUGACCGUGGAGGAAAUCUAUAAGGACAGGCAGAAAUUCUCAGAGCAGGUUUUCAAAGUGGCCUCCUCAGACCUGGUCAACAUGGGCAUCAGUGUGGUCAGCUACACCCUGAAGGACAUUCACGAUGAUCAGGACUAUUUGCACUCCUUGGGGAAGGCUCGAACAGCUCAGGUCCAAAAAGAUGCUCGGAUUGGGGAAGCAGAAGCCAAAAGAGACGCCGGGAUCCGGGAGGCCAAAGCCAAGCAGGAAAAGGUGUCUGCUCAGUACCUGAGCGAGAUCGAAAUGGCCAAGGCACAGAGGGACUACGAACUGAAGAAGGCCGCAUAUGACAUCGAAGUCAACACGCGCCGAGCACAGGCUGACCUGGCCUAUCAACUUCAGGUGGCCAAGACGAAACAGCAGAUCGAGGAGCAGCGGGUGCAGGUGCAGGUGGUGGAGCGGGCCCAGCAGGUGGCAGUGCAGGAGCAGGAGAUCGCCCGCCGGGAGAAGGAGCUGGAGGCCCGCGUGCGCAAGCCGGCGGAAGCGGAGCGCUACAGGCUGGAGCGCCUGGCGGAGGCAGAGAAGUCCCAGCUGAUCAUGCAAGCGGAGGCAGAAGCCGAGUCUGUGCGGAUGCGUGGGGAAGCCGAGGCCUUUGCCAUAGAGGCCCGAGCCAGGGCCGAGGCUGAGCAGAUGGCCAAGAAGGCAGAGGCAUUCCAGCUGUACCAGGAGGCUGCUCAGCUGGACAUGCUGCUGGAGAAGCUGCCCCAGGUGGCAGAGGAGAUCAGUGGUCCUCUGACCUCAGCCAAUAAGAUCACACUGGUGUCCAGUGGAAGUGGGGCCAUGGGGGCGGCCAAAGUGACCGGGGAAGUGCUGGACAUCCUGAGCCGCCUGCCGGAGAGCGUCGAGAGACUCACAGGCGUCAGCAUCUCCCAGGUGAACCACAAGCCUCUGCGAACAGCCUGAGUCCUGGACCUUCGUGAUGCCCCAUCUCAUAACUCAUGUUGCCUGAAUGGUCGUUAUUGCACGCAUUUCAGUUGGCUCCCUGAGCACAUCACCUCUCCUUGCCAAAUAGCCUGUGCCUUGCCCUGGAGGGGAAUUGUUCCCUUUCCUAAUCCCAUACUGCCAAGACUGCCAGUCCCCCAGGGCUCCCAUGCCUUCUGAUGACCCACCUUAUUUAAACUAAGCCUGUUGUCCAGAAUUCUUCCCUGACCAAAUCUUGAGGGAUGGUCUGCAGGUUCUCAACUUUGUCAAAUAAAUCAGUUAAGUACUGAUACUUAA